AUGCCAGUCAGCGAGGUUACGCAACGUGGCGUGCGUGCUCCAUUUGUCGAUAACCUCGAGAGAGGUGUCGAUCAGGGAGACGCGCGCUCAAUUGGCCAAAGCCAGGAUACUCCUACAGAUCUAGAGUCGGAUGAGAACGUCCCCAUGGAGGCUGGGGAGCUCGAAGACGCCCUAGCGCGUCCUUCCCCUGUAAAUAGCAGUUUUCUGCCUCUUCCCUGGAAGGGACGGCUGGGCUACGCUUGUUUGAAUACCUAUCUGCGAUACUCGAAUCCCCCGGUUUUCUGCUCCCGCACAUGUCGCAUUUCUUCUAUUCUAGAACAUCGCCACCCCCUUCAGGAUCCAUCGCAACCUCCCCAUGCCACUAAGAAUCGCCCUGAUCGCACACAGCCUCCCGAGGUUGCACGGGGCCAGGCCUAUGUUGAAUCGCUGGGCCUUACCAAUGCCCGUGAUGUGGCCAAAAUAUUACGCUGGAACGACCGAUAUGGUAUCAAAUUCAUGCGCUUGAGUAGUGAGAUGUUCCCUUUUGCGAGCCACCAGGAAUAUGGAUAUAAGCUGGCCCCUUUCGCGUCAAGUGUACUAGAGGACACCGGUAAGGUUAUCGCGGAGCUCGGUCAUCGCGUUAGUGUACACCCUGGUCAGUUCACGCAGCUGGGCUCCCCAAGGCGUGAAGUCGUAGAAAGCUCCGUGCGGGAUUUAGAGUACCAUUCGGAGAUGUUACAGCUCCUCCGCUUGCCACCCCAGCAGGACCGCGAUGCGGUCAUAAUACUCCAUAUGGGUGGCGUUUUUGGGGACAGGGCAGGUACUCUGGAUCGCUUCCGACAGAAUUACAAUGCCCUGUCGCAAGACAUUAAGAACCGGCUGGUUCUGGAGAAUGACGAUGUGAGUUGGUCAGUGCAUGACUUGCUGCCCAUCUGCGAAGAACUCAAUAUUCCACUGGUCCUGGAUUUCCAUCAUCAUAAUAUAAAUUUCGAUUCAAGGCAGCUGCGGGAGGGCACGUUGGAUAUUAUGCAACUUUUCGAUAGGAUCAAAUCUACCUGGACCCGCAAGAACAUUACGCAGAAAAUGCACUACUCAGAACCCGUCGCGUCGGCCAUCACAAAUCGCCAACGCCGAAAACACAGUGACCGUGUGUCCACUCUCCCCCCGUGUGAUCCUACCAUGGAUUUGAUGAUUGAAGCAAAAGAUAAGGAGCAGGCUGUGUUCGAGCUAAUGAGGACCUACAAGCUGCCUGGCCAUGAACUCAUCAACAAUAUCAUCCCGUACGUGCGAGCUGAUGAGAAUAAACCUUACAAACCCCCGCGAAAAUCUACCAAGAAGGAUGGGGGCUUUGUUGAUCUCGAGGCGCUGGUUCCCCCUGCGCUGACUGUCCCUGACGAGGAGGUCGGAAUGGGGGGUCCUGAGGGACGGAUUUAUUGGCCUCCAGGUAUGGAGGAGUGGCUCCGACCGAAAAAGGUCGUGCGUGUCAAAUCGACCCAGAGCCCCAGAAAACCUCUUGUGUCAAAGAAGACUGAAUCAGCACAGCAGAGCGGGGAGGUCAGCACCAUUACCUUAACUAUGCCGACUUCGAAAACUCCGUCGCGGAGACCAAGUACAAGGAAGCGGAAAGCUUCCGUGAAUCCAUCUUCGUCCACUUCCGAAGAACCACAGCCUGAGACUCGCAGUCCUUCUCGGUCGCGGAGCAAUGGCACUCGUCGAAGCACCCGGUUGAAGCGGGUGAACUAUGUCGAAAGUGAAUCUGACUAUUUUAGACCGUCCUGCCGUCCUACACUAGAGGUGCAUCUGCAUCGCAUCGCCUGCGAGGCUAACUUGACGACCCUGGCUCCCAAACCGCCUCUCCGCAAUCGCUGGCGCUUGUUCUUGCCGACUUCCCUAAUCACCCGUCAGUCUCUGGGUCGGCCUUUCCCUUCCCUCGUCCAUUUCCCCAGUCAACCACGACGCACUCGCCAGGGCAAAUUCUCGCUCGUCCUGUGUGUGCUCUUUGGGCCGCACGCGAGCCGCCGCGUCCUGUCGCGCCUCAGGGGUCUUCGCUACGAGACGAUCCCUGCCCUCCGCCACCGUGCUCAGGCUAGAGUAUACCGAGCAAUUGUCCAGCGACAGGCCAGAAUUGCCCGACGACACGACGUUGGCAGACGGGGAAUCGUUGGUUUCUUCACCGGGAAACGGAGACAGCUGCGGGGGAUAGAUUCGGGCGCCGGUCGUAUCGAAAGCAGGGGAUCGUCGCAACGCAGCAGCUCGUUGCAGGGUGGGAGGAACGCAACGAAUGCACCACCGACAGCCUUCAUGUCGCAAUACCUGCCAUCAUCGUCUUCCGCCCCCGGUGGGCGUCGCAAGAAGGUCUACGAAUAUUUGAAGGCCGCCAAUGAAUUACGCCAGUCAUACGCUGCGCAGUGGGCGCAGCAGCGGAACGGCCUGCGCGAUUAUAGUGAGGACUAUCUGAACACGCCGGGAGCCUUCCCCGAUGUUGACAUCGCGAGGUCCGGUGAUGAGGAGAUGGUGAUUUUUCCGAGCUACGCAAGGCGGUUGGUUAAAGCUAGGCAUGCUAGACAACGCCGGGGCUCCACUUCAACGAUUGAUGAGUAUCGCGGGGUUUCGGAAGAGGAAGAACUAGGUUUGGGUGAAUGGGAGAUGGUGGAGGAUGAAAAUGCCAUCGUCGCCGUCGAUGUGCGCGGCUGGGUUUAUUCGCCUCAUCGCGGGCCGAUGACUCGAAAACAUCGCUUGAUGGUUGCACUCGCGCGCAAACUUAGUGGCGUUCCGGCUCCUAGUAAUCCCUCGAAUGAUAUCGAAGAGUCGGGGGCUGUAUCUGUGGCAGCGACUCCUGGGGGGAAGGACGAUGAGUUGGUGGAUACGGAGGCCCAAUCGAUUAUCAGAAAGGCUGAGGGAGGGGUAGAUUUAGGCCUCGACGGUGGAACGCUACCAGGACGCUCCUCGCAAAGGACAGCGACUUCCACGUCAAUGGAGCCGCCUCAGAUGAGCAAGGAUGAAAUCUCCGUGGCGAACGCCCAUCUCAUGGAGAGACUACGCCCAUUCUUAACGAACCCUAUGACAGGGAUGGCCGUAACUGUCUUCUUCUUCAACGAUGGAAAUAGUCAGUCCAGAAGAGUCAUGACCGACGAGUCCGGCCACUUCGUUCUCCGGGCGGCGCUACCAUUUAUCCCGACUCAUAUCCGCGUGCUGGCAUCAGAAGACCUGUCGGUCAUGAAACCGGUGGAGAUUAUCGAGCCCUCGGGAGUCAGCUUGAUCAGCGAUAUCGACGAUACGGUGAAGCACUCCGCCAUCGCUAGCGGAGCUAAGGAGAUAUUCCGCAACACCUUUGUUCGCGAACUGAGUGAGCUGGCGAUUCAUGGGGUUCCAGAGUGGUAUAAUAAGCUGGCCAAAAUGGGCGUGGAAGUCCAUUAUGUCUCCAAUGCACCGUGGCAGCUGUAUCCCUUGCUUGAGCGCUACUUUAAGCUAGUCGGACUGCCUCCCGGAUCUGUGCACUUGAAGCAAUACAGUGGCAUGUUGCAGGGUAUCUUUGAGCCCACAGCAGAAAGAAAGAAGGGCUCUCUAGAGCAAAUCUUGCGAGACUUCCCCGAACGCAAGUUCAUUCUUAUUGGCGAUAGUGGAGAGGCAGACCUGGAGGUCUACACCGACAUUGUUCUGGCAAAUCCUGGGAGGAUACUCGGAGUUUUCAUUCGCGAUGUAACGACCCCUGAUCGUAAGAGGUUCUUUGAAAAAUCUGUCGACCACCUCGAAACCCCCGCUUCUCGGAGUCGCAGCGCAAUUGAGAAUUCGGAUUCUGUGAGCAAUCGGCCCGCGUUGCCACCUCGUCGGCCGCGAGAGUCCUCCGAUCCCUCUGCGGACACCAAAAGUCUAGAUGAGGCCGAUCUGAUCGAUCUCCGGGACGAAGAAGAGCAAGAGCGUCCUCUAGAAGACAUCACAAGACCCUCCAAUACACGUACGCCGCCGGCCAAACCAUCCAAACCAUCAUCUUUGCGCGCCGUCUCGAUCAACCCCGGUCUCGUCGGUAGCUCAUCUUCUCUACCGCAGGAGGCCAUAAGACGUAAACCAGUACCUCCUCUGCCACCCCGACGUAACCCCCCAGAAAACCAGAGUGCUUUGCAGCGGGCACCCGAGGAAAACCCCGUUUCUUCCGCGAACUCUCUACCUACGCGCCCCAAAGUGACCAGCGACCGCAACACAGCUGGAUCUCCAGCGUUCAAUGACGGGCGACCUAUCCGCUCAAAACAACCUCCUCCGCCACCACCCCCACCACGUCGGAGCAACACUAGCACGUCCAUAUCUACCGCAAGUCUCAACCCAACGAACACAAGCGUCAGCCAUCCUUCCUCUCAGAAGCAGCAAUCAUACCCUGCCACCGCAGCAACGGCCGCCACUACCGCCCUGCAGUACGCAUCCGGCCGUUUGAGCUGGGCUCCUUCGCCAUCCAAUAUUCUCCGAUCCACAGCAUCGAAUACCACGUUGGGCGGAAAUAGUAGCGACAGCGACUCUCAAUCCGGGUUAGCCUACCCCAACUCAUCGGCCGGCCCCUUGCCCAAUAAACGCGAGGAGAUAUGGCGACGACGCUGGGAACGAGCUCAUGAUAUUCUAUCCGACCAAGGGGUCGUUCUGGGCAGUUGGCGCGAUGGGAGAGAUGCUCAAGAUGUCAGCGUAUGGUUAGUAGAACAGGCGCUAAAGGAGGCUUGGAGGCCACCUGGCCCAUAG